AUGCCUGGGUCAGUGUAUGAGACCUCCAAUCUGGAUCGAGGCGGCAACAGGAAGAAGAUAGAGGAUUUCUCUAGAUCUUCUCGGGAGAAAUUAGUCCAGUCCAAGAACAAAAUGUUUUCCAAAUUUACCUCCAUCCUCCAGCAUGCAGUGGAAGCGCUGGCCCCUUCACUGCCCCUGCAAGAAGACUUUGUUUAUCAUUGGAAGGCUAUCACACAUUAUUACAUAGAGACAUCAGAUGAUAAAGCUCCGGUCACAGACACAAACAUACCGUCUCACCUGGAACAGAUGCUGGACAUCUUGACUCAGGAGGAGGCUGAGCACGAGUCUGGAGAAACUGGGCCCUGUAUGGAGUAUCUACUGCACCACAAAAUACUGGAGACUCUGUACACACUGGGCAAAGCAGACUGUCCCCCGGGGAUGAAACAACAGGUGCUCACUUUUUAUACAAAACUCUUGGCGCACAUCCGUCAGCCUCUUCUUCCUCACAUAAACGUCCAUAGACCCGUACAGAAACUGAUCCGCCUGUGUGGGGAAAUACUUGCUGCACCAACAGAAAAUGAGGAGAUUCAAUUCCUUUGCAUAGUCUGUGCCAAACUCAAGCAAGUCCCAUAUCUAGUCAACUUCUUUCUUGAGAAUAAGUUGAGACGAUCUGACACGUUGUCUCCGGAUCGGGCGCAGGGGAGUAAAGGUAAUGAUUUAGCUCCUGACACUGGACAAGGUCAGACUCCUGGAAAGACGGAGGAGCCACAGGCCGCUGCAGCUGCAAGGAGUCCAACCACUAACAAUAACAACAGCUACAGCCUGGUCACGUCCCUGCUCAACCUCACCAAGAGUCCUGACGGCAGGAUAGUGGUGAAGGCGUGCGAGGGCCUGAUGAUGCUGGUGAGUUUACCGGAGCCUGCUGCAGCCAAAUGUCUGACAGAGAGCACAGAGCUGUGCCAGCUGCUCACGGAUCGACUGGUGUCUUUCUACAAAGCGCUGCCUCAGUCCAUCGACCCUCUGGACAUCGAGACUGUGGAGUCAGUCAACUGGGGACUGGAUGUGUACAAUUUAAAAGAGGACGCUGCGGUGUUCGCCGGCAAACGCGCUCUCAUCUCCUUCCUUUCGUGGCUGGAUUUCUGCGACCAGCUCAUCAAAGAGGCCCAGAAGACGGCAGCGGCUGUCAUGGCCAAAUGUGUGCGGGAGCGCUUCUUUGUGGCGGUGAUGGAGCCUCAGCUUAUGCAGACCUCGGAGGUGGGCAUCCUGACGUCCACGGCUCUUCUGAACAGGAUCAUCAGACAGGUGUCCUCUGAGGCUUUGAUGCAGGAGAUGGUUCAUUUCCUUUUGGGAGAAGAGAAGGAGGCAGAGACGAUCGCCACCAUCACACAGAACGCACUGAGACACAGACUGAUCGAGCACUGUGACCACCUCUCGGAUGAGAUCAGCAUCAUGACGUUGCGACUGUUCGAACAGCUCAUCCAAAAGCCAAACCAGCACAUUCUGCACAAUCUGGUGCUGCGAGGUUUGGACGAGAGAAACUACCAGGAGAACAAGCCCCAGGACGAACGGGAACCACUGGAGAACGGGCUGCCCCAUGACUCCGUAGACUUGGAGGAGGACCCUCUGUUCGGGGACGACCUCUCUCCAGACAGCCGGUUGUCGGGCUCGGAUUGGCUCAGCACAUCUCCCCCGCUGAGUCCAGACCACUCCAAAUCAGAGGGGAAGACGGAAGUGCAUAAAAUCGUCAACAGUUUUCUGUGCUUGGUGCCCGAUGAGGCCAAGUCGUCGUACCACGUGGAAGGCACCGGCUACGACACCUACCUCAGAGACGCCCACAGACAGUUCAAAGACUACUGUGGUGUGUGCCUGCGCUGGGACUGGAGAGGACAUCCCAAACCGCUAGAAAAGUGUAAUUUGGAGGCUCCUUUUUUCGAGGGACAUUUUCUAAAGGUCCUGUUUGACAGAAUGGGACGUAUCCUCGAUCAGCCGUACGACGUCAACCUCCAGGUGACCGCGGUUUUGUCCAAGCUGUCUCUUCUUCCACAUCCUCAUCUGCACGAGUAUCUGCUGGACCCCUACAUCAGCCUGGCCCCCGGCUGCCGCUCGCUCUUCUCCGUCAUCGUGAGGGUGGUGGGAGAUCUGAUGUUGAGGAUACAGAGGAUCCCAGAUUUUACGCCCAAACUGCUGCUCGUGAGGAAGAGGCUGCUGGGAAUGGAGCCAGAAGGACUCAACAUUGACCACAUGACUCUCCUGGAGGGAGUGAUCGUUCUGGAGGAGUUCUGUAAAGAGCUCGCCGCCAUCGCCUUUGUCAAAUACCACGCCACCGCCGCAUCCUCGCCGUAA